AGAAGAUGUCGUGGCAAUCGUACGUUGACGACCACCUUAUGUGCGAUGUCGAAGGAAACCACCUCACCGCAGCCGCUAUUCUCGGGCAAGACGGCAGUGUCUGGGCUCAAAGCGCCGCUUUCCCUCAGUUGAAGAAAGAAGAGAUCAAUGGGAUCAUCACGGAUUUCAAUGAGCCUGGGACUCUUGCCCCAACGGGUCUAUUUCUUGGUGGUGUGAAAUACAUGGUUAUUCAAGGUGAACCAGGAGCUGUCAUCCGAGGGAAGAAGGGACCUGGAGGCGUUACUAUCAAGAAGACGAAUCAAGCCUUGGUCAUUGGCAUCUAUGAGGAGCCCAUGACUGGAGGUCAAUGCAACUUGGUUGUGGAGAGGCUCGGGGAUUACCUCAUGGAAUCUGAUCUCUAAACCGUGAUUUCAGUUUCUUCUCUAAUUAAAAGAAUCUCAUUACCCUCUUUUCUGUUGUGAUUUAUUAUUGUAAUGAAACAAUCAAUUUAAUGUUUUAGAACCAUAUACCUUUGUCGUUGGCCUUCCUGUUCCCAUGGGAUUGUGUUUGACUGUCUUGUUAUGGCAUUUCAUAAUCUUUUCUUUUUUUAUUUCUCUUCAUUUUUUUUGAGUUUUUAAAUUUUUUUAUCUUCAUAAUUUUUACUUCCUUGAAUUGUAUGAAAUAUGUUUUGGCCUUGCAAACCAAUCAGAACUUCCUAAAUAUUU